AUGCAAUCUAGGAAGCAUGAAUUGGCACAGUCUCCAUCUGCAAAGAUACGUAAUCAACAUAGAACUGAAGUUGGACACGAGUCUCAUCCAGCUCCUCGCCGUAACGCAGUGGAUCGGUCUCCACGCGUACUGCAGCGAAGGAGUUUAAGCCCUCGUGGUAAAGCUGAGGGUACUAAAAGGGUAGUUCAUGUGGAGGGAAGGAGCAGUUCGACUGAAAGAAGGGACUAUGGUUGGCAUUUGGGUGCAGGUAGGACUGAAAAAGUCCUGUCUGGUUCCCCCCAAUUUGCACAAGAGCGUAAAAAGCCUCAUUUUGAUGAGGGGGUUGUGCAUAGAAAAUACAGGCAAGUGGAUGAUAUGAAUUAUGUUGAUGGUAAAACUAAUAGAUUGAAGCGAGGCUAUGGAUAUGAUCAUCCUGCUGCAUCUUCUAGAGUGACUAAAGAGAAGGAUUAUCGUGAAAACAGGGUCAUGGGCAUUGAUGGGCAUGGCAUGAUAGGGCAGAAGUCAGUGCCUAUGGAAGAUGGUAUGAUGAGAGGGUCAUAUCGGGUGCCUCCAGAUUUGGUUCCCAACUCAAAUUAUGGAGAUACUGGAGCACAUAUGCAGUCAAUGUCCCGGAGUAUGGAUAUUGGCCACUUUGAGGAUGAGGAACUUCGAUUUCGAGAGCCUAUACCAUCAGAUAAAAUUCCAGUCAGGGAAUUUUACGAAGAAGGGGAAAAACCUAUGUUUCAUUCAAGAAAUGUUCAGUACACCAGGAUGUCAGCUCCUCACUCUAAGGAUUUGGAUAGCACCCCUCGAUUUAGAGAUUUUGCAGGUUCGUCUUCUGGAUUCUCAAGGGGUGAGUUUCCAAGUUCUUAUAGGGAAGGCAUGCCCUUAGCUGCUUCAGAUGAAUAUCCAAGGAGCAGCAUGAAACUCACAGAACCUAUGGAUUUUAACACAUAUAGGGAAAGGUCAGUUAUGGACAUGAGAGACUAUGAGGCUGGUAAGAGAAUUAUGACAAGUUAUCCGCAGGGUGUCUAUAAUCCUAAAAUGGCCUCGCAUGAUCAUUACCUUUACUCCAAAUCACAAGGAAUUGUGAAUGAUAAUCAUGUAUAUCCAUCUGAUGACAUGAACAGAAUGAUGUCUCCACCUUCUUCAUUGGACUAUGAGCAUGCUCAAACAGAUUUUGAGCAUAGAGAAUUUUCAAGACCGAGCAUGCACCCUGUUAGAGACAGGACUGAUCACGCUGAUGGUUCCUAUAUAAACAUGAGAAGGAGCACUGUAUUUGACCAUUCUAAAGCACCUAUGGAGAACCUUGAUACAGGCAGAAUACAACAUGCAUCAAAGCACAAUGUGGAAUAUUUGGGUUCUGCAUAUAACCGUGUCGAAUUCGGACAGGGAGAGUUACAAGAUAAUAGGAAAUCUCAUUUGGGUGUCACACAGGAUCGCCAAAUCCCACAUUUGAGAUCAAAUUAUGGGUUUGGAAGAGAUGCAGGUCCACAGUUUCAAAAGGAAAUAUUGCACGAUCCUCCUAUGCCAACAUAUGAAAUGGAAAUGCAGAGACUUGCUGCCAAGAGGCAAAGGGUGAGGGAAGACCUUGCUAUAUAUGGGCCAUCAGAUACAGCAUUUAAACGGAACUAUGUAAUGGAGGAAGAAAUAAAUAGGCAUGACAGGAAGUACAUCAUGGAGGAGGAUAUAAAUAGGCAUGAUACGAGAAGAAAUAUGGUGUCAAGCAAAUGGAAUGCACCUCAGGAAUUUGUAGAUCUUUAUGAAAGCGGUGAGGAAUGGGUAGAUGAAGAUACAGGUACUUUACAUGUGUCCAGGACUCAGAGUUUUGACCAGAAUGCAUAUAGAAAUGCUAAACGGACAUAUGAUAGGCGAGAUAAUCUUGGAGAUUCUGCAUCUGAAGACUGGUCGUCUUCUCAAGAUUCUUCAGCACAUGCACAAAGGCAUUCAAUUAGACAUUAUAAACCUGGUGAUAAAUAUAUGAAGGGCCAUCCAAGAUCUGGUCCUUUAAGCUGGUAUAACUCACACCACACUGAUAGAAAAAGUGGUGUUCAUAGACAGCAUAGGAUUUGGAAAAGAAAUGAUGAUUAUGGUGAGGAUGCAAAUGUAAUUGAUGAUGACCAGCCAGAACAUUGGGUGAAUCUUGGGGAGGCUGAACCACCUGAGGGCUCAGAGGAAUUCAAGCAACUGGUGGAUGAAGCCUUCUUACUUUUUUCUAAAAGAUUAAAUUUAAACUCAGCAGUUCGAAGAAGAUACAAGGAGCAAGGAAAAGCUGGUAGUUUGUUCUGCAUCGUAUGUGGCAAAAGCUCAUCAAAGGAGUUCAUGGCUGCUCAAAACCUGGUACAACAUGCCUUCAUGUCUCACAAGAUUGGGCUGAGAGCACAACACUUGGGUCUUCACAAAGCAAUAUGCGUUUUGAUGGGGUGGAAUAGUUCUGUGCCUUGUGACACCAUAACUUGUGUUCCUGAGAUCUUGCCUGAUGAAGAAGCUUUUUCUCAGAAAGAGGAUUUGAUGCUCUGGCCUCCGCUUGUUGUCAUCCACAACAUUUCUAUGUCGAACAACAACCCAGAACAACAGAAGGUCAUACCUAUUGAAGGGGUUGAGGAUUUUCUGAGAGGUAAAGGUAUUGUUGGGGGUAAAAUCAAGGUAUGCCUAGGCAAGCCUGCGGACCAAAGUGUUAUGUUGGUAAAGUUUUUGGGAACUUUUACUGGACUCGGAAAUGCAGAGAAGCUUCACAAAUAUUUUGCUGAGAAGAAACAUGGGAGAGAAGAGUUUGAGCAUAAGACAUCCAACAACGGUAACAACAACAGCAAUAGUUGGGAAGAAGAAAAUCAAGGAGGCCAGUUGGAGGAGCAACUUCUAUAUGGGUACCUAGGAAUCGCCGAGGACUUGGACAGGCUUGAUUUUAAUACCAAGAAGUGGAUCAUAAUAAAGAGCAAGAAGGAAAUCCAAGAGCUGGCAAAUGCUCCUGUUAAAACUGAUGAUAAGUCGCUGAAUGAGUAG